GGUGGUGUGACACCGUACGUGAUUGGCGGGAGGGUUUGUGUGUCUGGGAACCUGCUACUGGUUUCCCAGUCCACACACACAUACACACGCUCAGCCGCAGUCAGACAGAUCGUCUCUCCGCCGAAACGGCAGCAGGAAAAGCAAACUCUCCUCCCGCCGCUAAGAAACUGGCAACAACUGUCGCAGAAGAGGUCGACGCGAUGUCACACACGACAUGCGACGGUUUAGCCUAAGAAGACAGCUAACAAUAAGGAAGAGACUGCUGAAAGUGGAUGAACUGUGACAGCAGCUGGAGAAAUUUUGUGGACUGCACGUGGAAAGCUACGCUGAAACAUAGUAAAGAGUGGAUCUCGGCCUCUCCACUUUAACUGUUCGCCAGCUGCUCACUCCUGCCUACUUCAGAGAUGAGUGCCAAGUCCGCCAUCAACAAGGAGGUCUUCAUACCACAUGAUGAGAAGAUGCUUGCCGCUGUGCAGGUAAAGAGGAGGACCAAGAAGAAGAUCCCCUUCCUGGCCACUGGUGGUCAGGGUGACUACAUGACCUUCAUCUGCCUCUCAGUGACAAAUAAGAAACCGUCCCACUUAUCCAUCACUAAGGUGAAGCAGUUCCAAGGAUCUUCUGCCUUCGUAAAAAGGUCACAGUGGACAAUGGACCAGCUACGGCAGGUCAACGGCAUUGACCCGAACAAAGACUGUCCAGAGUUCGACCUGAUGUUCGAAAAUGCUUUUGACCAGUGGGUUGCUGGUUCAGCAGGAGAGAAGUGCACCUUCAUCCAGAUUCUUUACCAUACUUGCCAGCGUUACAGCUCAGCGCGGAAACCAGAGUUCGUCAACUGCCAGUCCAAACUACUCGGGGGUAACAGUAUACUACACUCAGCUGCAGACAGUGUGACGAGUGCUGUACAGAAGGCCAGCCAGGCUCUGAAUGAGCGUGGCGAGCGAUUAGGUCGGGCUGAAGAUAGGACUGCAGACAUGAUGAACAGUGCCGAACAGUUCGCUGUCACUGCGCACAAGCUUGCCAUGAAGCACAAGUGUUAGACCACUGCCAAAACCAACUAGGGGGGUGGGGAUCAACAAUCGUCGCUGUACAGGAGAAGGAUUCCAGAUGUUAUUCCUUUUAAAACUUUUUAAUAUGAUUACUUAACAAUGUUAACAUAUUGUUUUGAGUUAUUGUAUUCUGGUGCAUCUAAUGAUGGUGACCCAUCGAGCGGGGGCUUAACAACGCUACUGUCUGCAGAAUGUUUCAUGCUUCUGUUUGCCAAAAAAAAAGUUACAAGCCACAGCCAUGACUGUAUUUGAUAACCACGGCCACUCAAAACACCUCCCCUUUUGAUAUGCCCAGACGCUAAUGUGAGCACACACAUGCUCACAAGUCAUUAUCAACAACCAAGACAUGGAACAUCUAGUCUCACAGGUUAUUAAUUGUUGAGGGUUAUUUAUUAGCACUGCAGUGAUUAUGAUGGAGUCUGAUUCAUGAGUGACAGACCCUCUCACAGGUUACACAGGUGUGACUAUGUAUGUAUGUAUGUAUGUAUGUAUGUAUG